AUGCCUGUUUAUGGUAUAUGGCAAUUGUCGAAUCUUUCAGUAUUUGUAGACGGCAAAUUUAUCCUACUCCUCAUAUUCUAUAUCGUCAUAUUUCUUAUCUUUAAAAUUUUCUUCUUCCCCAAGUUCAUCCCCAGUCGUUGCGUUACCAUUAACAUAUUAUUUGUCUUUCUUUUUGAAUUAGACUCUUUCUUCUUGUUCUAUUUUUUUCUUUUAUAUUUUUUUCACCCUAUUACGCCUAUCCAUUUUUCUUUGCCCAUUUUUUAUUUGCAUCGUUUGUUUCCUUUAAUUCGUCCUCUCUUCCACAUUUUCUAUUUGGUUAUUUUUUUACGAUUUCUUUCUCUUUUCUUCUUGUCUUCUACAUUGGAUAAUUGUUUCUUUUCUAUAAGUCCUUUCUGCUUCUCUUUAAUAUUUUCUUUCUUUUUCUGCUUGAUUUUUUUUAUCAAUAUGUUUUUUUUUUGUUAUUUUUCCUUCAACUUCUAUGAUUAA